AUGAGGACUUCAAGCAACAGCGGCGCCAGCAGCAGCAGCUUUAGCAGCUUCGGCGACUAUUUCAAUAGCCAACGAUGCGGCGAAAUUGCCCCAGUGGCCAACCAAAACAACACUUGGCAAAAAACGGCACUCGAAAUCUUGCUUCAUGACCACGCCGAUUGGUUCUUCGGUCGACCCAAGAAGACCAUGAACAACAGCAGCGACAACAGCGGAAGCGGAAACGAGUACGAUGAGAACAUCGUCAAGGAGAUUCUCAACGCGGAAACCGAUCUGCGCCUGUACUCGGCCCAGGUUGAGAAGGCGCUGACCGAGCUUGAAAAUGACACCAUUGCGGAUUACAUCAAGGAGGCGGAUAAUAUCACCGAACUGCACUCGCAAAUCACCUCGAGCGACCUUAUUUUGGAACGACUAGAGGGUAUGCUGUGUGCCUUUCAAGCGGAUCUGAGCAACAUUUGCCAGGAGAUUCUGUCGCUACAGGAACUCUCUGCUUCACUGAACAUUCGUCUGAAAAACAAGCAGGCUAUUCGCGCGGAAAUGAGCGAUUUUAUUGAAGAUAUCAUCAUUCCAGAGGCAGUUAUCAAGCACAUUGUUGAAACUCCUGUCAGCGAAAAGGAGUUCAUGGAGCAGCUAUAUAUUUUGGAUCAUAAAAUAUCAUUUGUAAAGGAGCAAUCGUUUCGUGAAGCCAAAUCGUGUAUUGAUGUAAUGGAAAUACUGAAUAACUUAAAGUCAAAAGCAAUCUUGAAGAUUCGUGAAUACAUUUUAAAGAAAAUCUACUCUUGUCGUAAGCCAAUGACAAACUUUUCCAUUGUGCAAAAUGCUUUGCUGAAAAACAAAUUUUUCUUCAAAUUUUUGGCAACUCACGAGCGAGAAAUUGCUCAUGGUAUCAUUGGCGAAUACACUGACACGAUGGGCAAAGUGUACUUUUCUUACUUUAAAGAGUACAUAAGUAAACUGUCCAAACUAAUUUACGAAGAUUUACCUGAUAAAGAUGAUCUGCUUGGAAACGAUGAAACUGCAAAGAACAAGUCAACUUCCCUUUUCAGUUUAAAGUCUACAACAACAAUGAAACAACGUUCUAAUGUGUUUGCUCUUGGAAAUCGCGAAUCCCUUCUGAACGACGAUCUCGAAGCUUCUCUAAUUGUGCCGCAUGUGGCGGUGAAGAGUGAAGCAAACAUCAAGUUAUGUGAUUUGAACAAAAUGGGUGCAAUCGACAAUCGACCGCACGUUAUCACACGUCGUUACGCCGAGUUCUCUGCUGCUAUUAUGAUCAUCAAUGACACCUUUCCCGAUGAAAGAGUUUCCAAUUUGCUUAGCAUUCUUCAGAGUGAAGUUGUCAACCUAAUUUUACGAAUGUCGACGCAAUUUCCCAAGCCCAAAGACCAGUUUAUCUUUAUCAUCAACAAUUACGAUAUUAUUCUAGGCGUACUUUUGGAGCGUAAAAAGGAGGACUCUAACGAAGCUGAAAUGAUGCGUGAGCAGCUAAACAAGAAAAUUCUUGACUUUGUCGAAGAGAUGCUUUAUCCUCACUUUGGCGCAAUGAUCUCCUUUGUCAAGGAGUGUGAAAGUCUCGUUGAGCGAAAUGACACUGAAACGCUAAAAAAGUACGAAAUGAGAGUUGGCGAUCUCAUACGCAACUUUAAUUUAAACUGGCGACGAGCUUUGGAGCAGGUGUCUCGUGACAUAAUGGCGUCCUUUACGAACUUUAAAAACGGCAAUAACAUUCAGCAAAUUGCGCUGACACAGUUUGUGCAAUACUACCACAAGUUCCAGAAGAUGGCAGACGGAAAUCUCAAAGAUGGUUUGCGUGUAAGUGCUCUCGUGAACUACGUAAGGAAUGAGGCUGAUGAUGUAGGUUACUAG